AUGUCUUCAAGAGGGGUGCGAGCCACUGGAACUGAUGGAACUGACUUUCAACACAGGCAGCGUGUCGCUCAACAUUAUCAAGAAAGGUUUUUUAAAAUUCAUAUUUUUUGUUUCAAAAGUUAAUUUUCAGUGCCACCUAUAAAAGUACGUUGAAGUACUUUUUCCUGCUGCAUUCCCUCAUUUUAGUUUUCAUGUGGUGUAAGGUUGUGAAUAACUUCAUACCUUGUCCUUAUGUUCUAUUUAAGGUAGGAAGCGAGAUCCUCCGGCGAGAUUUUGGUGUCAAAAUUGGCUUCUUCGAAAGAUUGGAUAUGCCUCCUGCUUAUUCUUGGGAAUAUGCUUGGUGCUUCUCCUUUGUGCCGAUUAUUUUUGCUCUUCUCUCUUUUCCAAGAAAUAAGGUACUCGGAAAAUACAAAAAAGAGGGAAUUGUCAAAUUUUCUACAGCUGCAAAUGCUUCACAAGCACUACUAUGGUCAGUUCCUGACGGGAAUCGUUCCUUGCAUGAUUGGUCUUGGCGGACAACUUCCGGAGCUGAUUGAAUACAUCAAUGACAUGGAAGGAAGUAACACUCCAACUUUCAAGGUUUUUUUUGUUGCAAUAAGUUUCGAAAAUGAAAAUAGAAAAAGAAUACAACGAUUACAAAAAUAAUGAAAACAAGGGAGUUUGAACAAUCAAAAAUGUUUUCCAAUCAGCUGUUCAGAAUAUGAUAGAAAAAUAGAAGAAGUUUUUGUAGGGAACUUUUCCAAUGGUCAUCAUCUGGUAUAUCUUCUUCGCCGUCGCUCUGCAAAUUCAUGGUUUUUCUAUGUAUUUCUCUCAUCUUCUUGCUUCCGCGUGGGCGCCUGUAAAGAGAGAUUAA